CAGUCAGCUGUUGUAUGUCGCCGCAGACUUUCUGGACUUUGUAGACCGGUAGCUCCACGGUAAAAACACAUAUAAACCAGUGGAAACAGCACUUGCAUCGUCAGAAAACGUGUGAACACGUACAUGACCCCGGUGAUACGCGUAUAGUUUGGUGCGUAAUUACGCGCCUGGAAACUUGUUCAGGCCAAUUUUGCGUUCCUUUGUUUUGAAAUUAUAACGGAAGCAGUUUUGCGCUCUUUUUAAUCAUUUGAAAGUACUCGGACAAGAAAAGUUUUUGGACCACAAAUUCAUCUGAACCCAAGUUUCACCAUGGCAGAGGGGGAUUUUUACACAAUGGGCAACCGACAGAGAAACCCACGGGAUCCCUUCAGGGAACAGUCGCUCGCUUCGCGGUUUAUGGACGAUGAGUUUGGACUGCCACCAUUUCCCGACGAAUUAUCUAUGGACUGGCCCGGCUGGGCGCGACCUCGACUGAGCACCCGACUCGACGCGCCAUGGACAGGCUCGUUGCGCACGGGCUUCCCGCGGACGAGCAUGGGCGCGCCGCAGGCCUUCAGCUCUAUGUACAGCGAGACCCCUCGCAGAGCCAGCGCGCCCCUGACCAACCCAGACGAGCCGUGGAAAGUGUGCGUGAACGUGCAUAGCUUCAAACCAGAGGAGCUUAACAUCAAAACUAAAGACGGCUUUGUAGAGGUGUCAGGGAAACACGAGGAAAAGCAAGAUGAGGGCGGAAUUGUUACCAAAAACUUCACAAAGAAAAUUCAGAUUCCAGCCUAUGUGGACCCUCUCACUGUCUUUGCCUCUAUGUCUCCGGAGGGAGUUCUCAUCAUUGAAGCGCGACAGACCCCUCCAUACUACCUCUACAGCAGCGAAACACCCGCAGAAUCCAUGGAAGAACCCGAGGCCAAACCUCAAGAACCCAGCAUGGCUUAAACCCCAUUCUUUGAAUCACAGCACUGUCAGGGAGCAAACAGAGACUUGCAUGCCCAUGGUUAUUUUUUCCAAACAAGUGCCAAAAUGUCUAGUUUUACCAGUUUCUUAAACAAAAGGGCAACACUUUACUAUCAGGUUCCAUUCGUUAACAUUAUUUAAUGCAUUAGGUAUCAUGAACAAACAAUUAACAAUAUAUUUUUACAGCAUUUAUUAAUCUUUGUUAAUGUUAGUUAAUAAAAUCACAAUAGUUUAAUAUUAGUUCAUGUUAGUUCAUAGUGCAUUAACUUAUGCUAAGUUUCAUAAAUGCUCAAUAAGUAUUGUUCAUUGUUAGUUCAUGUUAACUAAUGUUAACAAAUGGAACCUUUUUGUAAAGCAUUACCAACAAUAGUAUUAUCAUGUUCUUUAUAUAUAUAUAUAUCAAGUUUUAUUAGUUUUAUCAUGUUCUUAAACAAAAAGUCAUUAAUUUGCUCCAAAGAUUGAAGUGAAAUGAGCUCCACAGUCCAUGGUUUGUGGUUGGAUCAAAUUCCCGUAACAAGUCAGGUGAUAAUUGAAAGGUAUUAAAGGGAUAGUUCUCCCAUAAAUUCAAAUUUCCUCAUCAUUUAUUCACUCACAAGUAGUCCCUGAUGUGUAUGACUUUCUCUCUUCAGCAUAACACCAACAACAUUUUUUAGAAGAAAAUCUCAUCUCUGUUGGUCCUUACAAUGCAAGUGAAUGGUGAUUACACCUUUGUAGCUCCAAAAAUCACAUAAAGGAAACAUAGACGUAAUCCAUAUGAUAAUUAUGAGCGAUAUAAUUGGUGUGGGUGAGAAACAGAUACAAAUGUAAGUAAUUUUUUUACUCUUAAAAAUCUCUCUGUGUGUUCUGCUGAAGAAAGAAAGUCAUAUACAUAUGGGAUGGCAUGAGGGUGAGUAAAUGAGAUGAGAAUUUUAAGUUUUGGGUGAACUAUCCUGAACUAUCGUUGUACGCAUCAAAGCAUUUUCCUGGUCAAAUGAACUAUAAAUGAACUAAAGCUGAUUGACAUUUGAAAUGUUUCAUGUCACAUUUGCUUUUUAUUACACUAUUGGUUAGGUAUCGAGAAGGGAAGUAGGUUUUAUUGAUUUAAAACUCGAUAGAGCAUUAACCUUAAAAACCUCAUCUUUUUGGGAGAAAAUGUAACUUGCUUUUAGCGGCAUACAGUGGAUAUUUAAUCGCGGAACUGCUGGGAUACAUUUAAUUGUUGCCAGUUACGUUAUAUUAAUGAGAUCAGGCUUGUUAAACAUGGUGAGACUGGGCCAAAUUUCUGUUUUUAGAAUUUUAAGGACUAAAAUAGGCCAGAAACAUGCUCUACAUAAUUAUGUAAAUGUAGGCAGGAAUGCUCGGACAAGACCACAUGCAUGUUGAACGUAUGUGCAUUACUUUGCAGUUAACAAACCUCAGUUCUCUAGGGGGUAGAGUUAGCUUCAAAUGUCUAGCUGUAAACAUGUUGACAUUUUAACUAACUUUAACUAAUUUGCUCAGCAAGAUUCUCACAAUUGACAAUAGCUGACCUAAAAAAGACAACUGAACAUAGAACAAGACAGUUUAUGCUAUUGCGCGCUAGUGGCAACACUGAGAAUGCAACACAAAUGUGUGCUAUGAAUUGCUAUCGGACACAGUUACGCAACCACACAUGAAAUCAAGCAAUGCAUAGAUAGAAACAUUAGAGAUUACAUACUUGAGUAGGUUAUGUUUCAGGCCUAUGGCCUUCUUCUGAGGUCCUUAAGUUAAAAUAAACGUGUUUUGCCCUGAGUACAUAUGUAAAAGACAAAUGUAGUAGGCUCUAUUAUAUGGAGGUCUUUACUGAAAACUAGGUCUGAAUACUGGAGCUCUUUCUCAAGGUCUUUUGAUUGUUUGUUUAGUUCUCUUUUUUCUUUUUGUGUAGGUAUGCUGUCCACUUUUAUAAUAAAUGACAUUUACAAAUACAAGCCUUAUUUUCUCUGCAAAUAUCUAUGAAGU